ACAAAAUUAAAGAAAGGCGUGAGGCGUAGUCAUCAUCAUGAUUAGCACUCCAACAGUGCUAGUCGUGCCAUUUCCAGCUCAAGGCCAUGUAAACCCCAUGAUGAGCCUUUCACAUAAGCUGCUUGACCAUGGAUGCAAUAUCAUCUUUGUCAACUCAGACUUCAACCAUAAGAGAGUGGUGAGAUCCAUGGACAACAAUGAUGGAUCAUCUUCACCAAUCAAAUUGGUGUCAAUCCCAGAUGGGUUGGGACCUGACCAUGACAGAGUCCAUGUAGGAGAGUUAUGUGACUCCAUAUUGAGGACCAUGCCUUCAGAGCUUGAGAAGCUCAUAGAAGAUCUUCAAUUGAAUGAGGGCAUUAAAGUAACUUGCAUUGUUGCUGAUGUGUGUAUGGGUUGGGCAUUGGAAAUUGCACGAAAAGUGGGAAUCAAAGGUGCAUUCUUUUGGUCUGCGGCAGCAUCUACGUUUGUGUUGCAGUAUAACGCUCCCAAGCUUAUUGCUGAUGGCAUCUUAGACUCUGAUGGAUUUCAGAUUUCAAAAAAACCAUUAUGGUUAUCCUCUUGCAUUCCUGGUAUGGACAUCAGAUCUAGUUGGUGGCGAAAUCUCUUUGAUCCGUCAGCUGAAAAGAGAAUGUUUAAAUAUGUGGUGCGCUGCAUGCGUGAUUCAAAUUUGACAGAGUGGUAUCUCUGUAACAGCAUUCAAGAACUUGAACCUGAAGCAUUUUCCUUAGCACCAAAACUAUUAUCUCCAAUAGGCCCAUUGUUGACAAGGGCAACUACAAAAUCAUCUGGACAAUUCUGGAAAGAAGAUGUAUCUUGCAUGAGUUGGCUAGAUCAACAACCUCAUUGUUCUGUAGUUUAUGUUGCAUUUGGUAGUCACACUCUAUUUGAUCAAAGACAAUUCACAGAACUUGCACUUGGACUUGAACUCACCAAUAGACCCUUUCUUUGGGUUGUGCGUCAAGAUCCUAAUUGCGCCAAUAAAAUGUGUCUCCCUCUUGAAUUCAAGGGUUAUAGAGGUAAAAUAACUGGAUGGGCUCCUCAAAAGAAGGUGCUAAGUCACCCUGCUAUAGCUUGUUUUGUAAGUCAUUGCGGUUGGAAUUCGAUUAUGGAGGGUUUGUCUAAUGGAGUGCCUCUCCUGUGUUGGCCGUAUUUCGCAGACCAACUUUUCAACAAGAAUUAUGUUUGUGAUGCAUUGAAGGUUGGGAUGGGAUUUGAUUCGGAUGAAAAGGGAUUAGUGUCACGUAAAGAGAUAAAGGCAAAAGUGGAUGAGUUGCUUAGUAAUGAGAAUACAAGAUCAACGUCUCAUAAGCUGAUGGAGAAGCUAAAGCACAAUAUGGAAGAAGGAAGUACUUCUUCAAAGAACUUAAGCAUGUUUCUUACUUGGUUGAAAGGAUAAUUAAGGAUUGGCCUCUAUUAUGCUCUAUUAAGGAUUGCUGGCUAGUUGUUUCUUUAUGAAUAUGUAAUAAUAAGAAAAAACAGUUCAUGAGUUUCUAUGUGAGUUCACAUGACAGGUUUGGUGCGCUUGGCUGAAGAGUGCUGAUAGAACAUGAGUUUUUUUUGGAGAUAGUCAAAGAGCUGUUUCAGAGUUGGACGCAAGUGCUUGGCCAUAAUUCUGAACAAAAGAAGUCGUUGGUAGGAUUCUUUGCAGUUAUCUGAAAUAGUUGGCUGGAAUAGAAUAGCAAAAUAUUUCAGAACUCUGAGACAGAUGUUGAGUGUAUCAAGAAUAAGUCGUUUUUGAAUUACAGAGAAUGACGUAGUGUUGAUCCGUUUGAUUGUUGAUGGCAAUGCCGGAGAGGACAACAGAUUAUAUCGUGUUCAUUCUGUAUUUAUUGUCUUAUUUAGUGUUGUGUUUUGUUCCCUCAUGCUCUACUUUACUGUGUUGAGCUUCCUUUCUUCAAAAAAAAUUUUCUAUAUCAUAUUGUUGCAUUUUUAGUUGACUUUGUUCUAUUAUUGGAAUUAAUGUAAUAUUAAUGGAGUUUUGCA